CUUAAAGGAAUCGACUUGCGACUUGUCCUUGUCCUCUCUUCUUUCUUGCCUGUGAAAGUUUUGUCAAGACGAAAGCAGCCCUUCGGAGAUUGCAAGGGUCUAUCUUCGUCCCUUAGAUGUAUCCCAGAUUGUCCUAAAGGGUCCCCCUUAAUCGCCUUCUCCUUUUCCUUCAUAAGCAACUCUUUCUUCUCACCAUCUCUUGCACGUAAAUUCCCAGAAUUUUUUUCCUUCCGUUGAUUGCAGGCUACAGAGGGAGCUUGUGUAGGAAUAAAGGUAUUGAUUUGACCCAGAAAGAUGGCGACCCUUUACUCCACGCAUUGUGGUUCGUGUUCUGUUGGGGGUUCCUAUUCUUCGUCUUUAUCAAUAAAUGGGGGGCAAAAUCAAUGGCUGGCCCUCUCUUCUUCUUCUCCAUGGCGGGUUGUCCCGUCUAAAGCUAAGGUUGUUCUUCAGUCUCGCAGGAAUUCCCAUCUAAAUGCGGUCCUUAUGCAAGAUGGUGCUGUUGCCGCAAGGGUGACUCCCAUAGAAAAUGAGACACCUAUGAAGAAACCAAAGGCUGCGUCCUUGUCGGUUCCAUCAUCUCAGGAAUGUAAAGAUGCUGUAGGUUUCAAUAUAAAUGAAAAUGAGCCGACUGUCAGUAUUACUGUGGUUGGUGCUUCUGGGGACCUUGCCAAGAAGAAGAUAUUUCCUGCACUUUUUGCACUUUAUUAUGAAGACUGUCUCCCUAAGCACUUUACCAUUUAUGGUUAUGCUAGGAGUAAGAUGACUGACAUGGAACUUAGAAACAUGGUUAGCAGGACCCUUACCUGCAGAAUUGAUAAGAGGGAGAACUGUGAUGAAAAGAUGGAGCAAUUUCUUCGAAGAUGUCUCUACCAUUCUGGUCAGUAUGAUUCUGAGGAGAACUUUGCACAGUUAGACAAGAAGCUCAAAGAGCAUGAGGCUGGGAGGGUUUCUAAUCGCCUCUUUUAUCUGUCUAUCCCUCCAAAUAUAUUUAUUGAUGCUGUCAGAUGUGCAAGUUCAUCAGCUUCUUCUGCUCAUGGCUGGACCCGAGUCAUUGUUGAGAAACCUUUUGGUCAAGAUUCAGAAUCCUCUGCUGCUUUAACUAAAGCCUUGAAGCAGUACCUGGAAGAGGAUCAAAUAUUUAGGAUAGAUCACUACUUGGGAAAGGAGCUUGUGGAAAACCUCUCUGUUCUCCGUUUCUCCAAUCUAAUUUUCGAGCCCUUGUCGUCAAGGCAGUAUAUCAGGAAUGUACAGUUAAUAUUUUCUGAAGAUUUUGGCACAGAGGGACGUGGAGGGUAUUUUGACAAUUAUGGCAUAAUUAGAGAUAUAAUGCAGAACCAUCUGCUUCAAAUACUAGCUCUCUUUGCCAUGGAAACUCCAGUCAGUUUGGAUGCUGAAGAUAUUAGAAAUGAAAAGGUCAAAGUUUUGCGCUCAAUGAGGCCUUUGCAGCUUGAAGAUGUGGCAAUAGGACAGUACAAGAGCCACACAAAGGGAGGAGUUACUUACCCUGGCUACACUGAUGAUAAGACAGUGCCCAAAGACAGCUUGACUCCAACUUUUGCAGCAGCUGCUCUCUUCAUAGACAAUGCAAGAUGGGAUGGUGUGCCUUUCCUAAUGAAAGCUGGCAAAGCAUUACAUACUAAUAGGGCAGAGAUAAGGGUACAGUUCAGGCAUGUGCCUGGUAACCUGUAUAACAGAAACUUUGGAACUGAUCUUGAUCGAGCUACAAACGAGCUAGUUAUUCGAGUUCAGCCGGAUGAAGCUAUUUAUUUGAAGAUCAAUAACAAGGUCCCUGGUUUGGGAAUGAGAUUGGACCGUAGUAAUCUAAACCUGCUUUACGCAGCAAGAUACUCGAAAGAGAUUCCAGAUGCGUACGAGAGACUUCUGCUGGAUGCAAUUGAAGGGGAGAGGAGGCUGUUUAUUCGAAGUGAUGAACUGGGUGCUGCUUGGUCACUUUUCACUCCUGUUCUGAAAGAGCUAGAGGAGAAAAAGAUUGUGCCUGAGUACUAUCCUUAUGGAAGCCGUGGCCCCGUCGGUGCGCACUAUCUGGCAGCCAGACACAACGUCCGGUGGGGUGAUCUCACUGUAGACCAGUAACUAGGAGUACAUGAGAAAGAAAAGCUUUGCAUUAUUUACGUUGGUGUGUUCUGCGGGGUAACCAGAUAAUUGUAAGCCUUGGCUUUGGUUUAGAUCUUGUAAUAAGCUCUUAAGCUUUUGGUCCAAAUGAAACCUUUUUCUAUUCAAAAGGAAAAGGUUAAACCCCCUUUUUGGUCCCUCAACUAUCGUACGGACCCCCGAUUGAGUCCCUCAACUCAAAAAAUCCCUGACUUGGUC